ACUGAACUUUCCAAUCUUUCGGCUCAAUCGUUUCUUGGUCACUCCCAACUCUCACACGAUAUCAUGCACAGCAAGGCUAUAUUAUGCAAUAAAAUACUAAAGAGGAAAGUAUCAAACCAUUAUUAUGAGGCGAAGCACAUUCGCAAAGACGUCUGCCAUAAAUUGGUUCUAUAAGAACAUUGACGACUCGGCGUGUUGAGCAAUAUGCUCAAUAUAUGAUGCAGCUUUCGAUGCCUUUUUAGUGUCGCUGUGUAUCAUUGUCCCCAAACUUGUUUUUGAAAUAUUAAAAUUCAUACUCUCAAUUUCCCAAAGGACCGACCAAGAAGUCUUAAGAUGGCUGAGGCUCUUGGUGUCGCCUCGAGUAUUGCUGGUUUGGUAUCACUGGCUGAUACUGUUGUUCGACUGGGCUACAAAUACAUCAAAGAUGUCAAAGAUGCCGAGAAAUCUGUUCGUAGCCUUGUUGAAGAAGUCAACAACCUUUCUGGUGUACUUCAUAGUCUCGAUAAUGUGGCACAGGCACUGGAAGCGCAAGAUACUUCGGUGCAUAGCUCCAGCAAGAUACAACAUCUAUAUUCUUGUCAAAUAACCCUAGAGAAAAUCACAGACCAACUCGAGAAAGCUAUACCAGAAGUAAAGUCAACAUCUCAGAAGCUCAAGUGGCCAUUCAAGAAAGCAGUGGUUUCAGAGUUGUUGAGAGAGAUACAGAAUCACAAAUCUACGAUGAUCAUGGCCUUAAAUACUCAACAAAUCAGGUCAACCUUGAUUGAGAUACUUGCCAACCAAGAACAACUUAAGAAGACCGUUGCUGACACAAAUUCCAGUAUGGAGGAUGCUCGAGUAGAAUGGCGCAGGUUGACUACGGAUGAGAGUCUAAGGGAGAAGCUCAAUCUUUUAGGUACCAUCGAUGUCAUGAAAUGGCAAAAUUCGAAUGUUAGAUUGAGACAACCUGGAACAGGCGUCUGGUUCACCGAGAGCAAGGAAUUCGAGGAUUGGGCAUCUACAGACAAUUCAAAGUUAUGGAUCUAUGGAAUACCCGGAGCCGGGAAAACAAUUCUGAUGGCAUCUGUUAUAAAAGAGAUUGAACAAAGCCAGGAUCCAUCUCAUGGAACUGCAAUGUUCUAUUGUGAUUAUAAGGAUACUCAGACUCACGAUCCGCGGACCAUUCUGGGGUCUUUGGCGCGACAACUGAUUCUUCAGCAUGAACAUGCUUUUACGCAACUGGAAGCUUUCUGUGAGAAGCACCAUAUGACGGAAAACACUCAAGGCUCAGCCACUACUGACGAUUUUUGCGAAUUUAUCGUUGAAUUAUCAAGAAAUUUCACCACUACUAGUAUCGUAGUAGAUGGUCUGGAUGAGAUGGCUGAAGAUCGCGCAGAGGUCACAAGACUUCUUGAAUCAUUGGACAGGCCAUCAGAAACGAUCAAAACCCUCCUGGCGAGUCGCAAUGAGGUGGAUAUUCGAAUUGUAUUGGAAGAUUAUCCCCGUGUUUCCAUUGCGGCAAAAAGUGGUGACUUGCGACUUUAUGUGCAUUCUGAGAUAGAGAAGCGAACGAAAGUCGGCAAGCUCCGUAUUAAAGAUCAUAACCUAAAGGACCACAUUGUCAAAGUGCUUACAGAGGGCGCUGAUGGCAUGUUUUGGUGGGUUGCAUGUCAGAUGGACUACCUUUGCGAAUGCAGUACGGAUAGAGAUCGUCGUGAAGCCUUACGCAAAUUACCCCCAGAUCUGCCCAAAUCAUAUGAACGUAUUCUUGACAGGGUCAAUCGAAGCAGUAAAGAGAAUCAAACCCUUGUCAGGCAUACACUUCUUUGGGUGGUAUACGCCCAAAGGCCGCUAAUGAUAACACAACUGCUCCAAGCACUUGCAGUAAGACCUGGUGAUGAGACUUUCGAGAGGGAAAAUAUGACUACAUUGGACGAACUCCUUAACUGGUGUAGUAGUCUCAUUCGCCAAAAGUCUCAAUCGGAUGAGCUCGAACUUGCACACUUCACAGUGAAAGAAUACCUCUUGAGCCUUUCCGAAGAAUGUGGUCCAGGUAUUUCACAGUACAGACUUUCAGGGGAUCAUGCUGAGAUUGUGAGAAUAUGUUGUGACUUCUUAAGUCUUUCGGAAUUCGAUGGUUUGCCACUGCCAGUGACGGGUUUCAAGCAGGAGUUGACAGAUUUCAAUAAAUUCUGGAAGGAAUUCGAAGACAACUACUCGUUCAUGAAAUAUGUUCUUGAAUUCUGGUCUGUGCAUGUUCAUCGAAGUUCAUGGAGUGAAAUUUCAAAUGAAGUCAUACUUCUUUUUGAUGAAACGAGAAGCAGUUACAGACUGUGGACAUUUGGCUACUAUCAUUAUACAAUGUCAGGUUCUUGCAAGUGCACUGGAUUGUUAAAUUUCGAUGAUUUUCUACCAGCAGAUCACCUGAAUUGCGUGAUAGGGUCAUCAAGACCUUCUGCCCUUCACUGGGCUGCUAUGGUGGCUUUGCCUGAUAUUUGCAACUCUCUCAUCGAUCGUGGAGCUGAUUUAAAUGCCCCAAGCGUUUUUGGCAAUCCACUUGAGUGUGCGAUACUGUGCAAUAACGCAAUAUAUGAGGACGCACAGCUGUUAUGUGACCAUGACCUUGUAUAUCAUGAACACUGGAAAUGGGAUUCAAGGAAGAAGGUUAUUAAACAUUUGAUCAUGGCCGGUGCAGCUCUCGACAAUAUCGAUGUCAUAAAACUCCUCUUUCGACACUCAUCUACAUUCGCAGAGUGUCAUGGCGAGUCGGAUGCUGAUCUAUUCCAAGUCAUAUUUGACAAGAAUCCGACCUUUUCCGUUGAGAGUCUGUUUGCAUUUCUUCGAGGCAUUUUCAGAGAAAGAAACAUGAUUGGCUAUUAUCCAGAAAGAGGAAUACAUUAUAAUAAUGCUAGCCUAUUCGUCGAAUUACUAGCAUGGGGGGCACGAACAAAUUUCGCACAUUUCGCAACGGAUACAUUCCCAUUAUUUUUCGCUAUUGUUUAUGAUUGUUUAGCGAUCUCGAAUUACCCGCCGUCGAUUCUUGAACCUUUUCUCGAUAUUAAAUUUCUUGGAAUAUCACGGCAUCACGGGAUAGGUACGCAUCCUAUUUUACCGGCGCAUUCCGGGGAUUGUGUGACUCAACUCCGCAAUUUAGCAUUGGAUUUUUUUCGAAUUUCCAGAAUGAAUUCGCCAAACUCGCUGGAAAGGAUGUUCUCAGAGGUACCAUUAUGUGGUGUGCCCCAAAUAAGCCAAUACAUUUUUUAG